GCGAGCAAGCGAGCGAGAGAAGUUGUCCCGCUAAAGCAAAACCUGCCGCCUGGACGAUUCCGCAACCAGUCUCCCCAAGGGGUUGGACGAAUGCGACGAAACCCCGUUAACGAAACUAUUUCUUCCUCAGAUUGAGGCCUCUGUCUCCGAGUGCUGCUUUUUCGCGUGCACCUAGCCGAACAGAAGCACUUCGUAUAGGAUCUGCACUGGUAUAUCUCAGUGGAUGCCCGUCGACCCGCUGUCCUGGACCUUGUCAUCUGGCAUGCUUCUGCGACUUCGCUCGAAGUCUCCGACCUGAAGUCUGUGUUUUGAAACGGAUGUUUUGUGUGUCACCUGCCUUCGUCGCCCGCGACUCGUCGUCGUCGUCGUUACUGCUCUUCGGCGUGGUUAAAGUGAGCGGUUCCGUUGCAAGGCGUGAGGGAUACGACUGGAAUGGAGUACUCGUGAAACGAGGCUCUUUUACUUUAUUUUAUUUGCUUCGAAGGUGAUUCGGUGGCCCACCUCCCUUGAGUUGUGACGAAGGUGUGACAUCGAGGAGAAUGCCACAUCGUAAUCAAGCAACGCAGGAUGCUGCGGACAUGCGCGAUGACGAACCAGAGCUGACCAACAACCUGUCUGCUGCCGCGGACGACGAGAGCACCAUGGAGUCGCUGACCGACAACACCCAAGAGCAAGACAAGAUAGGUGUUGUGAACCUAGCCUUCGAAGAGAAUGAGGACCGCAAGCGCAAGUCAUCCUUCGACGCUCAGAAAGAGGUGGAACAGGAGAAGAACGCCGCCAACGGCAAGAUCCUCAACCAUAACCAGCAACAGAUCCAUAUCCCCGAGGAUGCUGUGAUCAACUACGAGACGGCCCGUCUCAGGAAGACGUCUCGAGACCAAGCCAAAGUGAAAGAAGUGGUGGCUCUGGACAUGUUUUCGCCGCCCAGUGACUGUGCCAAGGCCCAGGAGGCCAUGUUAUGUGAUCAUUCCUUGGUGGCCAACGGUGGAACGCCCACCGUACCCGUCUCUAGUCCCCUGACCAGUAGUGAACUGGGCAACGGUCACAAGAUGUUUGAGGAGUAUUUCAUUCCCGUCAAUACACACAAGAAGUUCCUCAGAGGCGAAAAGCUGUAUUUAACGAAGGACAAAAGAAAAGGAUGUACAGGAUGGAAGAAGAUCAUGCUCUGCUGUCUUCUUCUGAUUACUUUAGGCAUCGCAGUUUUGGUGGGAGUACUCACCGCAACUGGCUUCCUCCUGAGAGAGUCCAUGUCGCCGCCAAAGUCAGUGCACGUCGAUCCUUCGUCGCCCGCUGUGUCUGCGAGCACGUCAAAACUAAAAGGCGCACCACCUCCGAGGGAAGAGAUGAUGCGGCAUAACCUAGGUCCACUCAUCAUACCUAGUGACAUUGCAAAUACAACUACUACUGAAGUGCCCGCUGCUACUGAGUCUACUACUAACGCGCCUUCCACAAGUGCACCUCUUACCACAGUUCCGCCUACAAGAGUACCAUCCAGUAGUGUGCCUACCACGGAUGUGCCUACUACGCGUUUGCCUACUACAGUUGUUCCUACUACGGAUAUGCCUACAACGAGUGAAGCGUCUUGGAGCCAGUCAGAAGCUACAACUAUGACCAUCCCUGUAACUUCUUCUGACGAAACCGAAGAAGAAACUACAGCUCCUACUGAUCAGUCGGAGCCCGAAUUCAGGACCGGACCUAUUCUUGAUCCUUUGGAUUCCCUUGCACCCAAUGACGUAAUUGGUGAAAUAGCGCUGCCGGAUGAAGUUUUCACGGAGCAGUUCGGUAACAUGUCGUCGCCAGAGGCCCAGAACUUAUCUGCGCAACUCAGAAAUGCGCUCAAAAAGAUCCUGCUCGACCAAGGCUUACAAUUUGACGACGUCAAAAUCGUGGGGUACAGGAAGGGCAGCAUUGUAGCAUCAUUUGUUGUAGCCAGCGGCGACAAGGAAAUACCGCCCCAGCAAGUCACGGAAAUUAUUCGAAAGUUCCUCGAUCAGAAUGAGGGAAAGCUUGGAGGACGCGUAAUGGACGUCAGUUCACUCAAGACUGAAAGCGUUGUGAAUGGGUGCAAGUACGAAAACGGAUUCUGUCCGUUCAUGUGCCACUGGGAUUAUGUGAAGAAAGAGAAAACUUGCAUUUGCCCAGACGGUUACAUAAAUAUGGAUGGAACAUGCAUUCAUGAUGAGCCAAAAUCCGCUGUUGCAGUGACUACACCGUUGCCAGACACAACAACGAUGGACGAGACCACAACACCAUCUCCAACUGUACCACCCACAACUAAUACCCCCACAGAGAGCAUAGAGAGUACAGAGGGCACAACCACAAGCGCCAAUGAGGAACAAACGGAUCCAACUACCUUUACUCCCGCACCACAUACCGAAAAAGUGGAAAUAGCGGCGACCACAACACCAGGCACAACUGCAUAUCCUGCUGAGUCUACUACUGAAACACAAACUGACACAACCACUACUGAUAGACUGCAGACGGCUGUUUCAUCUACCACGAGUGACCCUGCAACUAGCCAAGAGGAAACUACCACUGCUACAGUAACAGAAAAUGAAAAUUCGGAAAUUACUACUGACGCCCCAUCCACCAUCGCUCCUGACCAAGAUGUAGGCAGUGUCACAGAACGCGUGGACCUUACAACUACAAUCCCUACCAUGACAUCGACUACCGUUGUGCCUUCUGCGACAUCUGAAAGCAGGGGAAGGCGUGUCGAAGACACUGUGACCACUGAACAGCCAACAACAGGCUCUUCUGGGGACCCAGACGUCAUUGUUUUUGGCAUGGACAAUGAAACAACCACUACCGAGAUGCCAGAUAAUGUUACAGGAGUAAAGAUGCUUCCCCUUACAGCCCUAGAAACUACGACCGUUACCGAGCCGUCAGCAGUUAACGAAGGACGAUCAUUUACGGAGAUGCCUGCCGCAUCAGAAAACGAAACUGUUUCUGGGCUCAACGAGGAAAUGACGACGACUGGUACCAUUGAGCAAACUGGCGCUACUACAAUGAUUUCAGAAGGAAGUGGAAGCACCGAAGCACCAACGGUGCCUCCAGAGAAUGUGCUUCCCGAGACGACUACAGUGAUCGAAGUGCAACAUGGAACAGAAACUGCUGCUAAUACCACUGGGUACUCUGAUGGGAACAGUGAACCAGGAGGAACAGAUUCGAUGCCCUUAGACGACAAUAGCGGCUCGUUCAAUGCAACAGAUUCCGACUUUGAAGAUUACGCUGCUCCAGUAGGGGAUAACGCCACAGACUCUUUUGGCGUGGUCACAGAAGUCGUGAGCAUGCCGAACACAACUGAUAUGGUCGGCACAGAGAACUCUACUGCAUCAGCUGAAGACCUCACCACCCCUGUCGUACUUGAAGGCAUGGUGGUUGACUCUAAUGGGACCACAACUGCUGCAACAACUAUGGUUGCUGAUUUCAACGGUACCGAAGCUACUACCGCAUUCACUGACUCGUCCGUGGAGAGAGUGGACAAGGAGCUAAGUGGGACAAACCGAACGUACGCGAUGGGAAGGAACUUGACGUUCAUGAAUAACAUGACAAUGUUCGAUGACGGCGUGGACGUGCUGAACGGUUCUGUUGCUGGUUGGAACAUGACAGUCAACGAUACGUCGUACGACGUGGGCAACUAUACAUUCGUCGAGGCCAGGGAAGCAAAUGGUGCCGGCGCCAUGAACGAAUCCAGCGGAGCAAUGGACGAUAUGACGGAAUUUUAUAACGUGACCACGACGCAGGCUACUACGGUGAUGGAAGCAAUGUGCGACAUCGAACAGUUCAUGUGUCCCGUGGGAGGCAAAUGCAUCGACAGGGGCCUUCUCUGUGACGAGUUCCAUGACUGCCCCGAUGGCUUUGACGAACAGAACUGUACAACGUGUGAAAACAACUUCCGUUGUAAUGAUGGGAAGUGUAUAACAGCGUCCGCUAAGUGUGAUGGAGUGUGGGACUGCCAGACUGGCGAAGACGAACAACUGUGUGGUAUCGUGAACACGACGUGUGUGGACUUUGAAGUCAUGUGCCUGGACAACAGUGCCUGCAUCAAGCCUUUGAGUAUCUGUGAUGGCGUCUACAACUGCCGUGACAGAAGUGACGAGAACGGCUGUGUUGAAAGGACAACAUGUGAAAGCUCAAAUAGAUUCUACUGUGGAGAUGGCUUGUGCAUUCCUUCCUCCCUCCGCUGUGAUGGGCAUCACGACUGCAAAGACGGAGAAGAUGAAGUAAAUUGCUCGUGCUCAGAUAACCAAUUCCAAUGCAUGAAUGACUACUGUGUCUCAAGAACGUCGGACAAAAACCCACGGUGUGACGGCGUUGCAGACUGCAAUGACACAAGUGAUGAAAUUGGCUGUGUGCAAGUUGACACAAAUGGUAUAGUUAACGUGUACGAGACAUCCAGCGGAAAUAUGGCGCUCAUGUGCGCUGACAACUUUUCCAUUGCUGACGGAGACAGGAUAUGCCAAGAGAUGGGAUACAGCAAAGCAGUUGCACUGUCGUCUGUGAUGGUUGAGACCAAUCUCACAAUUUGGACAAAGUGGGACGCGUUGUCUGCAGAAACGUACUGGAGUCAGGGCAUAAAGACGACCGACACAUGUAGUGACGGUGCCCUGAGGCUGCAGUGUCAGCAGUUCGAAUGCGCAAAUCAAACGGAAGUGCUUUUUCGCAUUGAGAGAGAGGCAUCAGUCCAAGGUCACCACAGUGAUGUUUGGCCCUACCUUGCUCUUAUCUACGGAGUAAAUUCUGACAGAGCUUGUCACGCCGAGAUACUCAGUCCGAUGUGGCUACUUACUUCAGCUGGAUGCUUGGACCAACUUCCCAGCAAUGUGUCAUGGCUCAAUGUGCAAGCCAACUUUGAUGGAGACGGCCUGUUUGUGGAACAGAAGGACGUUGCACAAGUGGUGAAACAUCCCCACGCAUCCCAGUUCCGCUCCAACGUCCUCCCAGACUACGACCUAGCCCUUGUCCGGCUUGCCCAACCACUGGAGUUCUCCAGUCAUCUCACAUCCGUCUGCCUUCCUGAAGACGUCGUGCGCCCUGGAGUUACGUGCUUUGUUGGCAGCUUUGGUGACGGACGGGCAAGAGUUCCAUUUGAAAAGUCACCGUCUAUCAUCCACCUUCCACUCGUGAUAAACGAGCCAUCUACGUGCAACAGCGAUCUUCACUAUAAGAAAUCUGUCAGCAACCAAAUGAUAUGUGCGGAUGGAGGAAACAUGAAACGACAGCUGUGUGACAGUGACCUCGGUUCACCACUCAUGUGCCUAUCUUCCAACAACAUCUGGCGUCUCGCCGGAGUCCUCAGUUACCAGCGCUUCUGCGGGGCUUACCACAAGCAGCCGGCUGUAUUUGCCAACAUUUUUGGCAUGCGCGACUUCAUAGACACCUUCACGGGACUCAAGUUCUACAACGUCACUCAGCAACCCUUCAUGUACUCGAUCCCCGUCGUGCCCAUGAUGCGGGACGACGUCUCGACGGAGAUUCCGCUCUACAAAGAUGCGCUGGAGCCAAACACCACCGACCUGUAUGAACCGCUGUUGGACAGGCUUCAAGCUCCAAACACCACGGACAUCUUUGAUUACGAAGCUCCCGAACCGAACGCCACCGACAGUUCCGUUGGUCUCAACGCGACCGAAAUUCUGACGGCUGCUCCCGCCGCGGAAGAAACGCCUCGGACCCACACCUUGGGUGACGUAAUCGUGGGACUCGGGCAGUUCCCCUACCCUCUCCUUCCAGCACCGCACCGUGGCAUCGGCUCGCCGAGACAUUUAGAUGUCGACCCGCAACCGAAGAACGCUUCCGAAGAAGUGAGCGGCGGUCCCAGAAAUAGCUCGGCCGACGUUGAUUAUCUUGCGGAUCAAGGGGUGUCAUCUUUGAGGGAACAGAACGACAAUGAAGACGUUACUACGAGUAUCGCGAUAACGUCGACCGAAAUGUUUGGAAAUGAAACUGCGACAACGGAAACGCCAGAAGAGAAAAAUGGGGACGCGCCUGUAUUGAACUCAACUGAGGGUGCUUUGGGAAUGCAGAAUUCAUCUCUGGAACUGUUCACAGAGGCACCAACAACAGUAAGCCCCAGCGAGGAAAGAACUACCGUGACUGAGGAAGUGGUGGAAGUGGCAACAACUGCUGGACCGUUAGCGUCAUCAGCGCUUGCUUCGAAGGAAGACCAUCUAGAGGGAAGGGCUGUGGACAUGCCAGAGUCGGAAACAACGACAGUGGCAAAUGAUGAUGUGACCACUUUGCCUCUUGCUGCCUUCAACGAUGUUCGUCUUGCUGAUGGAAGAGUCAUGGCUAGGAUUGAUGGAGUGUGGUUUCCGGUAUGCGGUGAAAAUUGGGAUGGCAACCUAAGCGACGUCCUUUGCCGGGAGCUUGGAUAUGGCAAAGCAACAGAAACGGAACUCAUUGCUGUCACAACACCGUUUGAGACGUCGUUGGUGUACACAAAACAGGAGAAUGAAACAGAAAGGAGCCUCGUUUCAUCGCUUAUGGUCAGCAAUGACACGUGCAGCACUGCCCUGUCCGUAACUUGUGAGGAGUAUGAAUGUGGUUCAUGGAACUUGGCACAUGGAGAUGAACCAGGACCUCACGCCAGGAUUGUGUCUACCACCGGAGCAACGCAAGGACAGUGGCCUUCUGUUGGGCUUCUCAAGGCAGAGGACAAAGUUUGCAUUGCCAGCAUUUUGUCUCCGAAUUGGCUGGUUACUUCAUGGUCGUGCGUGUCUAACAGUUCCGCGGCAGACGACGCCUCCGCGUGGCACUUCGUUCAAGAUGCUCCACUGCUCACUCGGGCGGAUGCUGUGGUCUCUCGCAACUACACGUUGAGUCACAUGCUCAAGCAUCCGCAGCUCCAAACGUUUGGUGAUGUCGUCGUGAAUGAUGUGGUGCUCGUCAAGACUGCUCAACCGGUUGAUGUUAUGGGUGCCGCCAGAGCUGUGUGCCUUUCCAACAACAGCGUUCAGCCUCAGCAGCUUUGCGUGACAGUAGGAUGGGGGAUGUCCGAUUCAGAAUCAACGCAACAUCUGCACUACCUACCCGUACCCGUAAUGUCACUUAACGAGUGCAACAGUAGCCACGACGGCAAGCUGCACGGAGCUGUGACGUGUGCCAGUUUUGUCGACAAGGAGAAAGCUCUGUGUCAGAAGGACAGCGGAGCUCCCCUGAUCUGCAUGAGCGAACAUAACCGCUGGGAGAUCCAAGGUGUGCUCACGUUCAAGGAAGACUGCGACAGUGUGCUGCUUCCAUCCGUUUUCACUAGUGUUUAUCAAGUUUCACAUUGGAUAAAGGAAGUCCUCAGUUCCAGUCGACGUUGACGUGCCUUCCCCCCCAUUGCUUUCAACACAAUGUGAUAGAACACAAGUCCUCAAAGUGCACAAUCUAAGUGUCUGCAGUGGCAGCUGAAACGUAUAACUCUGACGGAAUGGCUAAAGAAUAUCCGAGCGUGCCAAAGCUCGAGUGACAUUGCUUUUUUUUUUUUUUUUUUCGAGGAACCAAGUGUGCAACCAGCAAAGUCUGUGUGGAACGCAAGAGAGAAAAGAAUCGAACGCGUUAGCAGACGGGACUGCAGUGUUUGUGAGUGGACAUGGAAGACAAACUGAAUUAGUGCUGGACAUUUUCUAAUAACGACCGGACAUCUCCGUACUGUAGUAGCUCCAGGCCCCACCUGUACGAAACACGCUACAAUACGUUAACUCCAGCACAGGGUUUGCUGUACCAAAAGAAUUAGAUUCUUCUGCUGGUAUCAUGGAAGUUACUUGCGUGGUCCCCUUGGUCCUAACCCUUGAGGUGCAACUACAGUGCUCUUUUUUUUUUUUCUUUUUUUUUUUUUAACACUAGGAUUUGUUAUACAUAGGCCCUGGUGUUUUCAGAUUUCGUGCUUUUUAAAAAUUGGCGGCAAAAAUCCGGCUGUAUUUAAGAGGCUGUAAAAUCGGGUGGAAAUUGAUAAAAAAGAGAGCCUCGCGUAUGAUAUUAACGUGAGAUGCCGAGUGGCCGCGCAGUGUUAGUGCUGCCCCCGUGUGGGUUCGUUUUCGUGGUUUACGAUGGUGCGAAUCACGGGGGAAAAAAAGGGUUUUCCUGGGUUAAAAGACCCUGGGUUCCUAAAACACGAGGAUCUGGUUGUACACAGCAACCUUUACUGUGUGCAGUGCAUGCAGUCUGUGACGUACGAAGCUAUAUUUUAAUUUUCAUAAUGUAUGAAACGAAUGUAUGGAAUGUAGCUGUUAAGUAAGCUGUGGAGUUUGACAUCAAGUGGCAGGAUGCGCGUUGAUUGUUGAGUUGGUCUUAGCUGAUGUUUGUCUCCAUUUAAAAUGGAGUUUAGUCAGAUCAUCGGCAGAUAUCAACGGCUCAGAACUUUGGCCUGUGUUCAUGCCACGCGCAAGCUAUGCGAUGUACACAGUAUCUUUUACGAUUGUGCAAAGUUGUGCUUUGCUGUAGCCUAGAUUGUGAGGUAUUUAUGAGCCAUUCUUUUGUUGUGUAUGCUUGAGGAGCCCUUUUUUGUUGUAAUGUGUCAUUUUUUUGUUCACUACUACGACGGACAAUGACAAUUAAAAAAUAUGCAUCAGACAUGUAACAAAUUUCGGAGCCUUAUAAUGUAUAAAAUUUAAAAUCA